AUGGCCAGCUCAGCUUCCCUCGAAACCGUGGUCCCUUCUUCUUGCCCCCGGACCGGAGCCACCGCAGCCACCCCCAAGACCCUGGCCUUCUCCAUUGAGAGGAUCAUGGCCAAGACGUCGGAGCCCAAACCGUCCUUCGAGCCCCGGCCCGGGGGCCCGGAGGCAGACGCCGCCGGCAAGAAGCUGAUCAACCUCUGCUCCCCCCUGCCCUGCAUGGUACCCAUCCAGCCCCUGGGCUACGAGAUGCCGUCCAAGACUUUGCUCAACUAUUCGGAGCUGUGGAAAAACAGUCUACGAGGGGGUGGAGGAGGGAGCGGCGGCUCCGGCGGCAUCAGCAGCAGCAGCAGCAGCAGCAGCAGCAGCAGCAGCAGCAGCGUGGGGCCCGUCUGCGGCUCCAGCGGUUUGUGCAAAAGCAGCUGUGGCAUGUGCUGCAAAGCGGAGCUGAGCUUGGGCCCGGCCGUGCUGCCCACCGGACGGGUCAUCAAGCCCCAGGUGAUCAACCAGGCUGUGGGGCUGCCGGCCAACGGGUCCCUCUACUAUUUCAACUACCUGGACUCCUCGGCCUACCCGCAGUCGGACCUCCUCAACAGCCACCUCUUCCCCUCCAGCAUUCUCGGCGCGCAGGCCCCAGCCUCGUUGGCCGCCCACCAGAAGCUCUUCCUGCUGGAGAAUGCUAAGCUGGCCAGUCUGGCCGCAGACAAGUUCGCCCACCCUCCUUACCCCCACAAGGAGCGCCUGCCCGGCCAGCUGGACCAAGUGAUGAAAGAGAACACGACGCUGAGCGUCGACAGGGCCGGGGCCAAGAGCCACCCCGGCAAGCUGGCCGGCAGCUCCGCCGACGGCAAGCCCAAAAACUUCACCUGCGAAGUGUGCGGCAAGGUGUUUAACGCGCACUAUAACCUCACUCGCCACAUGCCGGUCCACACGGGAGCCAGGCCGUUUGUCUGCAAGGUGUGUGGCAAGGGCUUUCGGCAAGCCAGCACCCUAUGCCGACACAAAAUCAUCCACACCCAGGAAAAGCCUCACAAGUGUAACCAGUGCGGGAAAGCCUUCAACAGGAGCUCCACACUCAACACCCACAUCCGAAUUCACGCCGGUUACAAGCCUUUCGUGUGCGAAUUCUGCGGCAAGGGCUUUCACCAGAAAGGAAACUAUAAAAAUCACAAAUUGACCCACAGUGGAGAAAAACAGUACAAGUGCACCAUCUGUAACAAGGCCUUCCAUCAGAUUUAUAACUUGACUUUUCACAUGCAUACCCACAACGACAAGAAGCCUUUCACUUGCGGCACUUGUGGGAAAGGAUUUUGCAGAAACUUUGAUUUAAAGAAACAUGUAAGGAAGCUCCACGACAGCGUAGCCCCCGCCGCCCCCACUUCCAAAGAUCUCCCGCGGACUGUGCAAAGUUGAAAGUUGCGGCCCUUGCUUCUCCGCCCCUCUCUCCCCCUCGCAAAUCUGAGAUAUAAACUUAUUUCUAAGAUUUAAAAAAUAUAGCAAAGAGGCUAGACCUAUUUAUCCAAACCAGCAUAUUUUUGAAAGCUAAGCGUAUACCGAUGAAUAGCAAGCAUAACCGUGCAAAUACAUGUGUCUCCCACAUUUGUAUAUAAAGGAAACUUAUUUAAAGUACUUCAACACUACAUCGAUGGAGACUUUUUUUGUAGUCCGUUUUAACAUAACUUUUCACAAUGGCCUAAUAUAACAGACUGUGCCAGCAGAUCAUUCUUUCUACAUUUCUGUAAAUUUAAAUUUUAA